UUAAAGGAAUUUUGUUUUUUAGUGCAAUUUUAUGUUGGUUGGUCGUACAGAUCUCUGGAAGUCGCAAAGUAAAGGUUAUAUGUUAAAAUGAGUGAGAGAUUGAAGGCGAUCAAAGAAAAAUCUAAACUAAGAAGACAGCUACUGGCGCCAAUACUUGGUGCUAGCGAUACUGACGGUAUUGGUCAGGUUCUGGGAAACAAGUCGGACGUUGUUGCCAAACCUGAUGUGAAACCAAAAGGUCAGACUAAAGCUCCAGAAAAGAAGACUAAGGAGGAAUCUUCAUCAUCAAAAAGGAAAGCUGUUGAGGCAUUUGAACUUCCUGGUAUUCAGGCUGAAACAUCUCCCAAGGUUGUGACACCAGAAGAGAAAGCACCGCCAAAGAAGAAGCCAAAGAAAGAGUAUGCAGAUGAGGAUGAUUAUUCUGAGGGAGAAUUUGAGGAAAUGCAAGAGGCAUUUUAUAAAGACUCAAGUACUUUCUUAAAGGGUACCCAAAGUGCAAACCCUCACAACGAUUAUUGUCAGCACUUUGUAGAUACUGGACAGCGACCCCAGAACUUUAUUCGUGAUGUUGGUUUGGCUGAUCGUUUCGAAGAAUAUCCCAAACUUAAAGAGCUUAUUAGACUGAAGGAUGAAAUUAUUGCCAAGAGAGCUACGCCACCAAUGUAUUUGCAAUGUAAUCUUGAAACAUUUGAUCUACGAGAGUUGGAGUGUAAGUUUGACGCCAUAUUAGUUGAUCCACCUUUGGAAGAAUACCAGCGUCGAGGCUCUGGAAUCUCGCACAACUGGCGGCCAUGGACCUGGGAAGAGAUUAUGAAACUAGAAAUUGAAGAAAUAGCCGCACAGAGAUCUUUCAUUUUCUUAUGGUGUGGCUCGCAUGAGGGAUUGAUUGAAGGUCGAAAGUGUCUUCGCAAGUGGGGUUUUCGUCGUUGCGAGGACAUUUGCUGGAUCAAAACAAACAAGAAAAAUCCCGGAAAUGUGAAAUUCCUAGAACCGAAUGCGAUAUUUCAACACACGAAAGAACAUUGCUUGAUGGGGAUCAAGGGAACGGUUCGAAGAAGUACUGAUUUUGACUUUAUCCACGCCAAUGUGGACAUUGACCUUAUCAUUACUGAAGAGCCACCAAUAGAGAGCACGGAAAAACCCGAAGAAAUCUUUCAUAUUAUUGAACAUUUUUGUUUGGGAAGAAGACGUCUUCAUUUGUUCGGUAAUGACAGCACUUUACGACCAGGUUGGUUAACAGUCGGUCAAGACCUUUCCAGUUCAAAUUUCUCCAGCGAAACUUAUAACUCGUAUUUCAACAGCACACCGACCGACUACCUCGUCGGCGACACGCCGGAAAUCGAGAAUCUCCGACCGAAGUCCCCGAAGGCAAAGAACAAAGGGGAUGGCGGGAAAGGUCGCGGGGGACCUGGUGGUCCCGCGUGGUCGACACGCGGUAUGCGGGGAAUCGGGGGACGCGGAGGUAUCGGAGGAAGGGGAGGGUUAACUAGGGGUAUCGGGUUUUCUAUCCGUGGUAACCGUGGGUUAAGCAGAGGUGGAUUUCCGACGCGAUGAAUGGAGUUUAUUAUAAAAAAACACGUUUUAUAUAGUUUUCUUUUUCCGUAAUUCUUUAGCGAAUAAAGAACAAUACUAAAGGAUAAUUUUUUCUAAUUAUAGACAGGCUAGGCUUAAUAAAUAACAACGUCAUAUGAUAAAUAUUUCGAUUCUUGUCAGGACACGUAUGCCGGUGACGGUGUUGUAAUUGCAAAUUUCUAUUUUAAUCAUUCCAUCAAAUUUAAAGCAAGGAUUAAAGAAUUGUAAUCACUGGGAAUCUGGGGCCGGUUGUUCGAAAGGCGUUUAGCUUAAACAGUAGAUAAGUUAGAAAUGGAAAAACCAAUUUAUCUAUUUAUUGAACAACUGAUCUGAAAUAU